UAAACCGUCAUGAGCAAUCAGUCGUCCUCACUCAGCGGUGAUGCAGCAUCGCGACGGUCAAGCAAGCGAUCUACCAGUCGCCAUGUUUUGGCUCUGUCCGCUGAGUACGAUCGACAAGUACGUCCGUUCAUCGAUCUAGUCGACUCCCUGAGAAACAGCGGUGUCGAUCAAGACCUCAAUCUGCCGUCGAUCGCAGUCAUCGGCGACCAAAGCACUGGCAAGAGCUCUGUUCUUGAGGCUAUAUCCGGGGUUCAACUCCCUCGUGGACAAGGAAUGGUAACUAGAUGUGCACUGGAACUGCGAAUGAAAAGAGAUGAAAAAAGUCAGUGGCGAGCAAAACUACAAACACAACAUUUGAAACAGAAUCAACUACGAUCAAAGGCAAGUGUCGAACACUCCUUGGCCAUGACAAACCCAGAAGAAGUUCAAGGAGCGGUUUUGGCAGCACAAGAUAAACUUGCAGGAAGAGGAAAGGAAAUUAGUCACAAAGAAAGGAUCGUACUUGAAGUCACAUCACCCGAUGUCCCAGAUCUCACGCUCAUUGAUCUACCAGGAAUCAUUCUAAAUCCCACGCCUGAUCAACCUCAAGACAUUGUCAUACAGAUUGAUCAAUUGAUUAAGUUCUACAUAAGUCGUGAAGAGACCAUCAUAUUGUGUGUCAUACCGUGUCACCAAGACAUAGCAUCUAACAAAGCACUCAGUGUGGCAAGAGAAUACGAUCAAACUGGUGAACGAACCCUAGGAGUUCUUACUCGCGCCGAUUUGACGGAACAAGGAGGAGAAGGCACAAUAGUCGACCUUAUCCAAAACAAAGGGCAACGCCACAUUAAGCUGGGAUACACCGUCGUCAAGUGCAGAAGCCAAGAUGACAUUAAAAAUGGAGUGACGCUGCAGCAGGCACUGUUGGAUGAAAAGAAUUUUUUUGAAAAGCCAGACCAGGCUUUCUCUAAAUUGCCGGCAAGCUGCAAAGGAACAAGCAGUUUGGCACAAAUGCUUACGAAACAACUCGUAGCUCAUAUUAAGUCAUGUCUACCUGCACUUAUCAAUCGUUGUUCCAAAGAACUGGAGUUGGCUACAAAGGAACUGUCUCAUAUUAGUGAUCCAGUUCCGACCGACAAGCAAUAUUAUCUUAUCCAGGUAGUGCUUUGCCAAUUUUGA